AGCCCCUGCUAAUCGAGCGCCUAUCGCGCAGCAGAGGAGAUACAAGAUGGCGCAGGCAAUAUUUGAAGUGCUUGAAGGCAUGGAUAACCAGACAGUGUUGGCGGUCCAGUCUCUGUUGGAUGGCCAGGGAGAAGUUCCUGACCCAAACAACCAGAACGUCUCUGGGACGUCGGCGAUCCAGACCAUGGACGACGAGGACGUGUUCCUGUGUGGGAAGUGCAAGAAACAAUUUAACUCCCUGCCGGCCUUCAUGUUACACAAGAGGGAGCAGUGUCAAUCCAGCGUCCCCUCGCUGUCCACAGUGUCCCUGGCCUCCACCAACGCCUACACACCGGUCCCCUCCAUCAGCUCGGGGCCACAGACUCCUGCCAACAGACAGGUGUCCACCUACAUCACAGUGCCUCCCUCCCCCCUUACACACACCCUGGUGCAGGGCAACGUUCUGGUCAGUGACGACGUUCUCAUGUCGGCAAUCUCCGCCUUCACCUCCAUCGACCAGCCUAUGGCCUCCAUGCAGGCGCCAAUACAGAGUAACCUGAGCAUGCACGCAGCUGGUGUAUCGUACCUGCAGCACCAUCAUCACCAUCAUCAUCAUCACGCCCAGCAGCAACAACAACAGCAGCAACAGCAACAGCAACAGCAACAACAACAACAGCAGCAGCAGCAGUCCUCACACCCCCACACACAGACCCCGGCCCACCCCCUGCCGUCCGGACAGCCCCCCCAGCAGCCGCUCUCCUCACAGGUCCCGGCGAGCCACAGCAACUCGGUGGUGCAGGUGUACAGCACGCUGCCCCAUAUGGUGGGGGGUGGGGGGGCAGAGAUCCACACCUUGGGUCUGCAGCCUUUCCAUCCUGUACAAGUGCCCAGUCAGUGUGUGGAGAGCCAGUCCUUCAACACCCCCCCGGUCUACAGCCCCGGGAAGCAGUGCACCAAAACAAAGACCUGCAGCAUCAGCACCACCCUCACAGAGCUGGGCCACUUUGAAAAGGUCAUCAUCCCCAAAAGGACGAGGAGCAGCAAGAAGAUCCCUGAUGGAGCCACAGCAGAGCAGCUGAAGGGAAAACUUCCAAAGCUGAAGUGCAAUUUCUGUGACAAAAUAUUUUCGAAAAACUUUGACCUUCAGCAGCACAUCAGAAGUCACACAGGAGAGAAACCGUUUCAGUGCAUCGUCUGUGGUCGAGCUUUCGCCCAGAAGUCCAACGUGAAGAAACACAUGCAGACACACAAGGUGUGGCCUGGGGGUGUGGCCAGCACAGUGUCCAGAUUACCAAUCACACUGAAGGUGGUACCAGUGUCAGCCAAUGAGGAGGAAGUGGGCGGGGAGCAGCAGCAGCAAGGUGAAGAAGAGGAGGAGGAGCCACAGCAGCAGCACUGUCCAACACAAACAGAAGAGGAGGAAGUUCAAACAGGUAAUUGCCAAUAUUCAAUGAUGACCGAGUGUUUCAACUACAUCCGCUUCCUGCAGAGCUACAACCACACACACCUCUACACCUGCGGCACCUACGCCUUCCAGCCCAAAUGCACCUAUGUGGUUUAUAAGUGUGUUAUGAAGUCCUGCUCCCGGACCUUCCAGAAGCUGGAUCAGUUCCUGGAGCACAUCAGGACGCACCAGGAGCAGCUGACCUACCGCUGCCACCUCUGCAGCAAGGUGUUCCCCUCCCUGUUCGAGCUGGGGGUCCACCAGUACUCUCACUGCUUCUGCCCCCAGCAGAGCACCCGCAAGGAGCCCACCAUCUACAGGUGUGGGAAGUGUCAGAGCAGAUACUCUACCCAGGAUGCACUGGAACAACAUCUACUCACGGCCACACACAACUUUCCCUGCCCUCACUGUCAAAAGGUUUUCCCGUGUGAAAGGUACUUCAGACGCCACCUCUCCACUCACGGCGUCGGGGGGAGGUUCAAGUGUCAGAUCUGCAAGAAAGCCUUCAAGACAGAGCACUACUUCAAACUGCACACACGCAUUCACUCAGGGGAGAAGCCGUACAAAUGCUCCCUCUGUGAGGCGACAUUCAACAGGAAGGACAAGGUGAAGCGGCACAUGCUCAUCCACGAACCCUUCAAGAAAUACAGGUGCCCCUUCAGAACACAUGUGGGCUGCACCAAAGAAUUCAACAGACCGGACAAACUCAAAGCCCACAUCCUGUCCCAUUCUGGUGAGUGA